AUACCUGCAGGCUGUCAUUACUUGGCUGUGGGAUGUUGAUUUCAACCGUGUCCGUUUUUUUUCGACUUGAUUAAAUCGAGACUGUACGAUCUCAUAAAGAUUUCUUAGUCAACGACCAGAGUGCCGAAGGUUAAGUCAGAGUCUCAACAAGUCUGGUUUUAUUAGUAUUAAACACCAAAUCGUAUCAGUUUCUCGUCUCACAGCAUCUGCAAAGUUAUUCUUACCCCUUUCGGAAAAUUUCAUUAGUGACAGUGUUGCAUAAUGUAAUGUGAUUUAUUGUGAGAUUCCAGACCUAUUUAAUUAUGUGUAUUUGUGCAAAAAACGCCUUCUGGUCAUUCCAUUGCAUAAGUCAAUUAGUAGAAUCUGCGCAUUAGUGGGAUUGCGGUGGAUGACUUUUAGCAGAUUGAGUUUAUGGCGUCAUUUCCACUUUGAGACUGCAGUGGAAGUAUCAUAAAAUUUGGGGAAGAUCCAGUCGUAAUUACUCGGAUACAAGUCUGGAGAUUUAACAAAGUCAUCAUGGUUUUUAAAAUCUUUGUAAUAUUCUUAACGCUAUUUUGUCUCGUGAGAUGCGAAAUUGUGAAUUUUGGAGUGUGUUGUUCAAAUAAGAAUUGCACAAAAAUUCAAAAUGAUGACACUUUUAGUGGACAAUUGUUUCAAGAGUUUUUAGUCAAACAUCAAAAUUUAAUUGAUUCGGGAUACAACGAAGAUGAACUUACAAAUGUGGAUUUUUCGGAACGGUGGAUUUACCAAUCGAUAUCCUGCCCCAAUGGAACUUCCUCCCUUCUCGUUCAGAAUGCUACGGAAGAUGUUAAAUUAUUCCUGAGCAACGGAUACUUGAAGAAUGGCAAAGAUUACUUGCCUCCGAACGAAUACUGCAUAAAUAAAAUUUCUCCAAUUCUUGACCACAUGGAACUUAUUGUAUGCAAUCCAGAAAAAUGUUCUGAAGAAAAACCCUGUUCCAAAAGUGUUCCAAAGUGCUGUCCACCACACGAGGUAGCUGACUUUUCUCUUUAUCAAGAUGGAACGGUUCGAUGUCGGCCAGCUGGAAAUGCAUCUUGGAGUCCGAUGUUCUACUCAGAUCUGCACUCCAAAGCACCUCUCACAGAGAUCGGAAUAGGUCAAAGGCCAAAAGUCACCAUUAGCCAUCCAAGGGAGUGGUGUCGAAGUUCCAUAAUCGCUUAUCCACUGAAACACAGUUCCAAAAUUCCAAAGAAAGAUGUAUUUAGAAUACUUCUCGAUGGAAGUGUUUGGAUGAAGCAUGAUAAGUGGAAGUGGAAUUUACUUGCACCUGGAACAUUUUGUUUAGACGGUGCAAAAAAUGUUGAUGACGAUGCAUCUCCAAAUGCCACCUUUUCUGGAGACUUUCAAGACACUGUUAUUAUUGACUGCAGGGACUACAGUGAGGUUGUAAAGCCGUGCGUCUCGAAUGUCGGUACUUCAAAGGCGUAUGCAGUGUCAUUUCUGGUGGGGUCAGCAUUUCUUCUGAUCACUGUCCUAGUGUACAUCUUGGGGGAGAAGAAAAACGUUCACGGAUACACUUCAAUAGCAUAUUUCGGAUCAAUGUUUGCAAUGUAUAUAUUCACUGGACUUUCUAAACUGGAUUACCUUACGUUUUUUGGGAAUAGUGGGAAUUAUGGAUGUCUUAUUAUUGCCAUUGGAGCCCAUUUCUUCUGGUUGUGCACUUUUUGUUGGAUGAGCUGUGUAAAUUUUUCUUUAUGGUGGACGUUUCGAUCACUAUUACCAACUGGAGGCAAGUCGAAGGGUCUCAGCAGAUUCAUGCUUUACGCUCUCUUCUCUCUGGGAACGCCUUCAACAAUUGUUGGCGUAGCAGUUGUGCUCGACUACUUUUACAAAAAUGACAUCGAGAGUGACAUUAUUACUCCGGAGUAUGGGAAACUCAACUGCUUCAUGAACCCGGAGUAUGCCCUGCUGCCUUAUCUGUACGGACCGAUAGGAGUUUUACUCUUAUGCAACUUGAUUUUUUUUUCCUUCACAAUUUAUGAUAUGUACAAAAUCCAACAAAGCACAAAAUUUGCUUCGAUGAGCAGUUCCAAGAAUCCAAAACAAAAGCAGUCUCUUGUGCUAUUUGCAAAGUUGGUUUUGCUGACGGGCAUUCCUUGGUGUUUUGAAUUCGUCUCGUGGGCCACGACACCCUGCGGCGAAAUACCGUGGUAUUGGGGAAUUUUUGACUACAUCAAUAUUUUUCAGGCGUUUGCGAUUUUCGUCACAUUUGUGUGCAAGUCGGAAACCAUAAACUCGUUGGAAGCAAAAUUUCCAACCUUUAAGAGGAUAAUGUUAUUUGUGUCAAUUAGUCCAGAAAAAUCUGACGACUUGUUAACCAGAUUCCCGUAUUUGAAGUUUAUCGUCAAACCGUUAACUCGAAGGCAUAAGACGAGUCUGAGAGCUGUUUCUAGUACGAAAACUACUGGAGUUGAGUCUUCAAGAAAUUCCACCUCACAUCGGAAUCAAUUUGCAACGAAGUAAUAGGCAAAUCUUCACAAGAUCAUACUUGGUGUGAUUAUUUUUUAUUUAAAUUAUAUUUAGUUACAUGUAGAUUAUUAACAAUUUAUCUGCUGAUCUCAUCUUUUUUUGUUAACGAAAGUCUGAUAUGCAAAUUAAAACAGAACAUCAAAACUUCCAACUAAUUA